AUGGCUGCCGAAGAGCUGUCGGAGGCCGGAAUGGCCGAUAUCAUUCGAGCCCUGGAGGUCAUACACAGCCCAACGUCCACCAAUGCACUCCGCAAAGAGGCCCUGUCCUUUGUCGAGGCGUUGAAAGAUAACGAGGCAGCAGCUCGCAAUGGAUUUCUGCUAGCUUCACGCGCAGAUCAUGCUGCUGUCGUGCGGUACUUCGGUCUGACCCUACUGGACCACGUUUUGCGCCAUUUAUCUUUCACCAACCCCGAGGAAUCCACGAACCUUCGAUCGAUGAUCCUUCAGUUGGCCGAGAAUAUUCGACCCGAGGACCCGAGCUUUUUCCGCAACAAGAUCCCGCAGCUAUGGUCGGAGGCCGCUAAGAAGAGCUGGGGCUUGGAUUGGGCGGACAUGGAUGAGGCGCUUGUCAAAUUCUGGGGCGUGUCUCUGGUACAUAACGAGUUGGUGCUCUCUGUGUUGGAAACCCUGUCGGAAGACGUCUUCUUCCGUGAGGAUACCGUCUCCUCUUUGCGUGGCUCCGAGCUCAAUCGUGCGCUCGUCGAGAUCUUCACACCUGCCGCAAUUGUUGAGCAGAUCAAUCCCGAUAAAUCCACCAAUGCUGUUCUGCGAUGUGGACAGGAGGGUUGGCUAGUUCGAAUCUGCGAAUUCUUGGACAGUUGCGUACAGAAUGUCUCGACAUCGCGUGAAGCGCGCGAUGCGGCCGUCAAGGCUCUAACGACGCUGAGAUCUGCGCUUUCCUGGUCAAUCUACAAAGCCGUGAUCGCCGGACAGGUCGUUGCAAGUGUUUUUAGGGCUUUGACCUGCCAAGACGAACAAGUGUUGCUGGCUGCGGUUGAGGCAUUGCAUUCGCUUUACGGGCGGAACAAUAUGGGAAAUGACGAGUCUCACGGUCUAGUCUGCCUGAUAUUUGAGAGCGACUAUCUCAAUACCCUUCAAAAUCUGUAUCAGUGGUCCAUCGUUGGCCCGGAGGAUGCGGAUGAGCCGAAGUACUUGAUCUCUAAGAAGCUUUCAGAGAUGAUCUCCUAUGUUGCCGGUUGCUUGGAGGACGAGAGGUUCCUCCGAGACACCAUGCACCGCUUGGAUCUCCCGCCCUUCUUCAACUUCAUGUUGAAUAUCAUGCAGCACCAAAGCUUGACUGUAUCUAUCCCGUGUCUUCAUCUGUGGUCAAGGCUUUUGGGUGUUCAAAAGAUUGGCACUUCAGAGUUCGUGGUCAACCAGACACCGACUUUCCUGACUGUGUGUACUCAGCGUUUGAUACGGUGGGAGUCCCUUCCGACAGAGUCGGAGGAUCCGACGAUCCAGUUCCUCGUGGAGGACAUUGACACAAUCCCGGAGCGCCAUGCAUUCCUUGGCAAUUAUCGCCGAUACUGCUCGUCGAUCAUUGAGACUAUUACCCAGAAGCGUGCUCAAGAGGCGGUGCACGAGAUCCUUGGACGGGUUGAUGAGAAUCUGGACAAUCUGUACGGUGGUGCUGAACCAUUUCAAAUGCACAAUUACAGUAAAUCAUCGAUCCCGCUUAUGCGCGCGGACGCUCAAUUCGCUGUUGUUGAAGCAGUCAUCAAGGGUUUUAACAAGUGGAUUGAAGCCCACGGCAAGGCACCUCAGCAGGAUGAGCAGGAGAGGAAAGAGCUGGAGCUUGCGGUGGAGAGCUGGGCUUCGAAGCUCAUGCAGAGGAAUUUCGAGGAUCCUGUGAUAAAGCAGAAGGUCAUCAAAUUGGUGGUUGACAUCUCGUCUAAAGCACUGGACAACCACCCUGCAUAUGCGCUAAAGGUCCUUGAGCACAUUCUCAUGACACGCCUUCCAGACCAGCCCGAUUACCCUGUCUAUGCCGAUGCUGUCAAGGAGCUCCAUGGGCUGGCCAGUCACGAACUCCGGCGCCUCGCAAUCCGCUACGCUGACUAUUUCUCCACUUUUUACGAUCUGCUCGAGCCGAAAAUCAGGGAGAUCACAAUGGCCAACCGUGUGGACGAUAAACUCCAGAUGGAGCUGACGUCCAUCCUGCUGAUUAUUAUGCAACGCGCCAACAACCUUGAUCCGACCCUCCGCCAUAGCCGGCUGGCCGGUUUCCUUGCGCCCAUUCGAGAGGCAUGGCAGGACGACGAAUUCCGCCGUAUGAGCUCAUCAUUCGAGGGCUUUUGCACCAUGCUUGGACUAGAGAACGUGGGGUCCUACAUGCAAGCCAAGCAAGCGCACAAGCUCGAAGAUUGGUCUUCAGUCGCUUUGGACAAUGAGGGAAAGCUCGUCCAGGAACAAAUGACCCGGAAAUUCCAGAUGCUACCGUUGCGUGGUACCAAGACCAUGCUAGCUGUGUCAACGGACAAGCUAAAGAGAACCUCACCUGCGUAUCAAGUUGCUUGCGAUAUGUGGCAAGACCUAACUCCUCAGAUUCUUCCCACUUUGGUCCAGCUUCUCACUCAUGCUCAUGCCUUCCACAACCCGGCUAAUUGGGCCGUUAGCGACGAUAUGCGAGCAGUGGUUGAGCGCAUUUUGACCGAUCGGUUCUGGCAAGCCGGUAUUUCUAGUGGUAGCCGCGAUGAUUUCUAUGCUAAGAUCACUGCAUCAAAGUCAACCCUCGAAGGUUUCGCAUCAUCUGUUCGUGGAAAGAUUCGAGCAGUUCGUGAAUCAGGUUAUUCGAUGCUUUUCAGCAUGAGCCGAAUGCGCCAUCAAUUCUAUGGAUUUGCGGAGCUGCCAGGGCCGUUGUCCGAGGCCCUCUUCAAAGAUGCAGAGCACCUUUCCUCCCACCAAUUCUCAGUCCUGCUCAACAUCUCGCGCUGCCUAAUUGACGAUUGUCCUGUUCAGUACCGCGCACAAUUCUUGCCGCCAAUGCUCGCUACUUUGUUCCGCAGCAUCGACCGCAAGAUCACCACUGAGUGGGAAUUGAUUGAGCAGCGGAAGAGUGGCGGUGUUGAUGGUGACCUUACUGACGAGAUGAAGUCGGAAAGCGUCCUUCGUCAAUUGACAUAUGCUGCGGUCAUCAUGGUUGCCAGCCUGUUCGACCCGCAGAGAGGAGAUCCUGAUCGGACAGAGGCAGACCCUAGUGCACCGCAACCGACUCCUGAGCUGGCCGACUCAAUCCGUCACUUUGUUCUAUCCUCGCCCGAAAUCUUCGAGCCCGUCAUGCUUUUCUGCACGCAUGCUCUUCGCAUGCGCGAUACGCGUUGCUGCAGCAUCAUUACUCGCGUCGUUCGAUCCAUCUUGGCCGACUUCGCGCCCCCGAACAACAGUCAAACUAUUGUGACCAUCCGCGAGUUCAUCUGCACAGACGUCCUGCAGGCUUGCAUUACCUCCGUCCAUGAAUCCUAUUUCGUUGAUAUGCAGAAGGAUUUGGCCCAGCUAAUUGCGUCCAUCUGGGUCCUGUACGGAUUUUGCAGCGAAACGCCGCGGUCCGUCUUCCUCUCACUGCCGGGUAUCACCCCAGAAAAGGUUGCCCAGACAGAGACUGCUCUCCAGCGAUGCACCUCGCCCCGCCAGCAGCGGGCUUUGGUUCUUGAGCUACUGGAACCGCUGCGAGGUGUUAGCAUUGCCGAGCAAGGCAAGAUCCUUGGCUCGCGGGAGGAGCGUCGCAAGGCGAGGACCGCGAUUCAAAACCGGUACAUGACCAACGAGAUGGAGACACAGCAAGAGACCCAUCGUGUUGACAUCAAUGAUGGUCCCGAUCUCUCUGGUGUUGCCGAUAUGUUCGGUUAG